AUGGGAGAGGAGGAGGAGGAGGAGGAGGAGGAGGAUGGUGGUGGUGGUGGUGGUGGUGGUGGUGGUGGUGGUGGUGGUGGUGGUGGUGGUGGUGGUGGUGGUGGUGGUGGUGGUGGUGGUGGUGGUGGUGGUGCUGUGAAUAGCGGAGGACGAGAGACAGACCGUUUCCGACUCAUUACACAGAGUGGUAAAGUGCCAUCAACAAAGCCCUCCCAAUACUGCAUCAAUUGCUCUAAAACAUCAGCUAUCCCACCUCCCUCUCAUAAAACGGAUCAAGUGAAUUUUCACCACCCGUUUCCUAGAGCCAACAUUGGCUUCGGAUGAGAGACUACUCAAUUGUCCUCGUGUAAUUAUAGACUACCAAAAAUGAUCGUUUAUCAAACUCGCCUCGAUAGGACCUCUAAAUGGCAAUCUCGAUAAUGCAUUAAGAUCGACUAGUCAUUUUCUAACGUCGGAACAAAAUUCGAUAGCAAUUUCUUUCGAAGUUAGACCGAGACGCACGAACGUAAGACGAGCAUUUAAAAAGAGAUAACAAAACGCACUAUAAAACUUACAUGUAGCUCGGAAGAUCGGUGAUCAAGUAACUCCUGUUUCGCUUGAAAGCCAAGUUGGCAUAUGGGACAGGUCCAAUUGGCAUAAGUUCUGGCCGUUUGUGGGUUGACUCCAGGUUCCAAAGUGUUUUUGAUUCGGUCACCGGACGAAGAGGGGACUUCAGACCUGCUCCUGUCCGUCUGCACCUAUUAAGGAGUUCCAAAAGGCAGGCUUCGAAUUAUGAGUAAAGACUCCACAAAGUUGCUGGUGAAUAUAACGUUUUGUCUAUUUUGGCGAAAUAGAUAUUCAAAUAUUUUUUUUCGAUUAUAUUUCCUAAAAUGCACCAAUAACGCCUACAGGUAAUCCACUGUUUAAACGUAUUGAAACUGCCAUGUCAUUGUGAAUGCGUCAUGAGUAACCGUUAAAGGGCCCGUCAUCAAGUCGUCAUCUUCACUUUUGAACAUGGAGUACGAUAGUUUGUGUGGUGUAGUUUAUACUACUACUUAAUUUGGAGGCGGAUGUUAAGAAGCAUUACUCACUUGAACAGCCCGUGGCCGACCUCACGAAAUGUUGACAGAAAUCAUGAAAUGCAUUGAGCGGGCAAACAAAAUCGCAAGAUAUCUUUGCAUGCGCGUUUGUUUCACGCGCCUGCAAAACCUGCACUCCCUAAAAAGUGGUGCAUUCAAAAGCCACUGUCUUGGCCUGCCUAAAGUAUCUUGAGAUUUUGUUGUAUGAUGAUCAGUAUUACAACCUAACCUAAGUAAUUCCUCUUGCGCGAAGGCGCAUUUCAUUAUCUUGGUUAACAUCUCAUGAGUUGGAUCAAUGGUUGUAGCAACUAAGGUAGCGGACGCUCACCAGCCUUACGAGCUCUCUCUCUCUCUCGAGCCCAACCAGCAGCCGCACAGCGGCGCAUGAUAUAGGCAGUAUGGGAUUACCGACUGGCUGACGACGGCCAAUAAGCCAGAAAUGGCCAUCCCAGUCUCCCUUGUCUUUGUCGGUAAUAUCAUUCUGCCUAUAUCAUGCGCCGCUGUGCGGCUGCUGGUUGGGCUCGAGAGAUGGAGCCCGUAAGGUACAACGGAACGAGUGAGUUCCGUAAGUACGGUCGUUGAGCGUCCCCUACCAUUGUAUAUUCCCGAUCGAAACCGACAGGACAACGAGCUCGUGGCCCAAUGGUUAGAGGCGUAGACGUCUAACUAAUAGGUCGCGAGUUCGAGCCUCGGGUAUUCCACACUUCGGGGUUGGGUAUGACUGGCUGACGACGGCUAAUAAGCCAGAAAUGGCCAUUCCAGUCUCCCUUGCUUUUGUCGGUAAUCCCAUGCUGUUUUGUCUAUUUUAACGAAAUAGAUAUUCAAAUCCUUUUUCUCAAUUAGAUGUCCUAAAAUGCAGGUAAUCCACUGCUUAAACGCAUCGAAAAUGUCCUGUCAUUUGUGAAUGCGUCAUGAGUAACCGUGAAAGGGCCCGUCAUCAAGUCGUCAUCUUCACUUUUGAACAUGUGGUACGAUAGUUUGCGUGGUGCUUAAUUUAGAGACGGAUGGCACGAAGCAUUACUCCCUUGAACAGCCAGUGGCCGACCUCAUGAAAUGUUAACGGAAAUCAUGAAAUGAAUUGAGCGGACAACAAAAUCGCAAGAUAUCUUUACAUGCGCGUUUUUUUCCCGCCUGCAAAACCUGCACUCCCUAAAAAGUGGUGCAUUCAAAAGCCAGUGUCUUGGCCUGCCUAAAAUAUCUUGAGAUUUUGUUGUAUGAUGAUCAGUAUUACAAUUCUGAAGGCGCAUUUCAUUAUUUUGGUUAACAUCUCAUGAGCUGGAUCAAUGGUUUUACUAACUUUAAAUAGUAGGUCAAAAAUAAGCGAAAUAGGUUCCGCGAGGUCGAUUUACCUGAAGGACGCUGUCCUAACUUUUCUUAGAUACUUAUUUAAGUGAAUGCCCAAUGUUCGCGAAAUAUCGCCGGGGUUUCCUUCCCACUUAUGACCAUAAAUAACCAGUCAGGAUAAACACGAGUUCCUACAAAGUCGCGAAUGAAUAUCUGACGGUGACAAGGGCGGAAACCUCUUUGCAAUCAAAGAAUUAUGAGGUGCUAGGUUAACCGGUGAUGAACCUACACACUUCCCUUUCCGCAGACAAGAUCGCCUAAUUGUCUCACAUGCUGAUUCGCUUUUCAGAGCUCCAAGACCUACGAGCCGCAAAUGGCUGUCUUUAAACAAAGUGUCAAAUUCCCAGCACUCACAAAACUUUCGUUUAGUCUUUCGUGGCUGGUUUUACAACCUGCGACGAACGUGCACAUGAAACUGAGUGCUCGUAGCAUCCAAAACAUGGACAUGAAAUGUUGGCACUUACGGGCUCUUGGUGUGGGCCUGCCGGGUUCUGAGGAAGGACAGAGUGGUUUGCUGUUGAUGCAUUCAUUUGCGAUCCGUUGUCGUCAAACCGGCGAGACGGGAGACGAUUAGUGGUCUUCGGGAGAGAGGUAAAAUGAAGCCGACUUUAGGGAAUACCUCCUCUCCAGCAUAAUUCACGGGCGGCCGAAAAGCUGUUUCAAUUCAAAUCCCCACGUUCAUGAUGCAAGCAAGUGAUAAGAGAAUGCGCCCCGAGUGAUCGACAUUAGCGCUGGACGUCAAAGUCGAUGCCGUCCCUCUGUUCUCUCCCGAAACGCAGUCAACAUGAUAUCACAUUUGCAUGCAUAUCCGGCAUUCUAGUUGCUGUGUGGGAAAUCUCAGUCACCUGUUUGUAGGCGGAGAUCGUUUUACGAUCCAGACACUUGGAGGUGUAUAUGUAAAGAAACUCCUGCGUGUAUUGCACGAUAGUUUAACCGCCGUGUUCGACGGUAUCCACCGUGUGCUCUACAGCAAGAUGAAUCAGGCACAGUGACUUGCGCGUAAAUUAGUUUAACGUGAGAAUAGACUUGCGCAGCAUCUAUUGCACUCUCUCCUCCCCCCUGGACCCGGUGUCAAGAAAGAUUGAAGGUGGCCUGAGGCGGGGAAGCCGCAGGUGGAUGGCACGGCCUAACUCGCACUUUGAAGCUCCACUACACACCCCCUGGUCCACAGGAUUUGACCAACAGCAACAGCAACAACAACAGAAAAGAUAUGGAUGACUGGGCAGUCACGCACACGACCUGUCUACCCAGCGAGAGCGCAUCUACCGCCAGAGAACCAGGUACCGGAGAACUGCCGGCGCACAUCAGGUCUGUAACAGCACUGCCCUGUGCCCCAAGUUCUCCUCCUCAACAUUAUUUCAAAGAGAUCGAGGCCACGAAAAACCUCUCUCACUUCAGUGUUCUGGAUUGGCGCGUUAACUCUCUUCCUUAAAAUGAGCAGCGUCCAGAAGCUCUUACUAUGUAUUGACAUUUAAACGCUUACCCUGAGGCAGGGCGUGCAUGAAAAAGUGGCUGUCGGAGCAGGAAGAAUCCAGAAUGCGCUGAAGAUCAGAAAACCCUGACUGAGGCCUUGAAAUACGCUUUUCAAAGUUGGAGGACGCACCUGCGCAGUCGUCCACCUCAGCAGCUCAGUGCUACUGCCCUCGAUCCGGCACCGUUACCCCAUUGGAGGCGUCCAGGAGGGGAUCAACUCGAAACCUGCCUCGACACAGUUCGCCAAGACAUGGAGGUGGUUUCUGGAUCUUCGGCAUUCGGUCUCCGUAGUUGUCGAAGUGCAUGGGUUGAGCUAUCUAGAUCUGCUGCCACGGAUCGUCAUACGUGGAGGGGUACAGUUCGGGACAUCAUCGAGGCCGGCUGAAUCAGGCAUGAUCGCAGCCGCACCAAGUAAAAGUAGUAAGUACUUGCGCUGCGGAGUCAUCUAUAUGAAUGCGGCACACAGUUUCGGACUACAGAGUACAUUGAUCCGUGCAUUCAACCUGUAUAUCCAGCUGGAACGCAAGCGCAUCUACCGCCAGAAAACCAGGUACCGGAGGACUACCAGCGCAGGCCAGGCUGCGAGCGCCGUGACUUGUUGUUCGUGACAUAACAAACGUUCACAAAACUUGGGCGUCUAUUGCACACUCAUUGGCAGUCAACUGCGACGCGUUGAAAGAGCAGUCAGAGGAUAGGCAUUAGAAGGAGCUGAAUUUUGUCAGUAUUGUCAAAACCCAAGUCGCUGUAACACUUAUCGUGUACUUCAACUGGCGAAUGAAGGCGAAAUUUUGAGUUCCAGGUGUAUGCAUAAGUGAAGAAGAAGAGUCGAGCACCGGAACAAUUCGUUUAUUAUCCUGUGCUUUCAGACUCGUACAGGAGUCCAUCGUCAGAGGUAGUGGCAGAAACCUACGAAAUGGGUCACGAGUUUGACUUCGCAGCCACCAAAAUAGUCGCCCACGCCGGAAACAAGACAGGCAGAGAAUUGAUUGAAGCCUGGGCCUCGGAUGAGAACUCGGUCAAUCGAUUUAUCGAUCUGGCGCCGGCGUGCGACGUCGGUCGAUGA